UCAGUGUCAAACUUGAUAACAAAAUAAAAAUUAAAUUCAAAACUUAGAAAGUACAAUAUUUUUUAAAAUAGUAACCAAAUAAAAAACUAGUCCCAAAACGUACCAAACCGAACCAUUAGAGUUAAAAGAGAUUCAAACCGUACCAAUAAAUGAGAUUCAAAGCGUAUCAAACCGAACCAAUAAAAAUUAAAUUCUCUCUUCCAAAAAAGAUAAAAAAGAAAGUUAAAAGAGUCAACCUAAGAAAUUAGAGAAGACCAUAGACAAGAAAUGACUAAAUAUAGUACAUCAAUAUAGAGAGAAUAUAGGUAACAAAUGAGGCUGAGAUAGAGAUUCAAAUCAGCCAACAAUUUCACAUCGAAAGAGAGAAAGCAAAGGCUUAUACAAAAACUAAUAAACUAAAAUAACCCAACAUUUCCCUAAACUUUUGGGAGAUAUUACUAAAAUAAGCAAAAGAAAUGGAUAUCACUCAUUGGUAAAGAAAAAAGAGCAUAAAAAGAAGAUCAAAGCAAGAACAAUCUGUUUGGAAAGAGAGAAAAAUUUGAAAGAAAAUGAGAAAGCAUGGGAGAGAAAAAGAGACUUUCUUUGAGGAGAUUUGUUGAUUUCUUGUUGCCAUAAGAACUUUUUUUUUCUUUGUUAAAAAAGAAAAGAUGAAGAGAGAAACAAUGGAAGAUUUUGCAAUAAUGAGUGGGUUGGUUGGAGUGCAGUUUGUAUAUGCAGGAAACUCAGUUUUUAUGAGUUUUCUUAUGUCUUUAGGGAUUGAUCCUUUAACCCUUGUUAUCUUCUCUACCUUCUCUACUUUUCUCAUUGUCUCUCCCGUUGCUGUUUAUUUCGAAAGGUAUAACUGGCCAAAGAAACUUAGUCUAAAGUUGAUCCUUCAGCUUGUUCUCAUAUCUUUUGGAGGGGUUACGUUGUUUCAGUCCCUUUUACUGAAAGGAAUACAGCUAACUUCGCCGACUUUAGCUACGGCGAUGCCGAAUCUCGCCCCUGGACUCAUCUUUGCCAUUGCUUGGAUCUUUAGAUUAGAAAAAGUUCAGCUAAGUUGCAUCUAUAGCAAGAUCAAGAUUUUAGGUACAUUACUAUGUGUGAUAGGCGCAUUCACCAUGAGCAUAAUGCACAGUGCUCCAUCGGAUGUAGCUGGAAAAAAUAGUAUCCCACAACAAUCACCUCUGAGUGAGCAACUGUUUGAUGAACAGAAGAUCCUCGGUUGUGCGUAUCUCUUCGUGGCGAUCAUUAUUUUAUCUUGCAUAGUUGUUCUGCAGGCAGCGACACUAGGCGAUUUCCCGGCACCAAUGUCGUUGUGUGCGAUAACAUCCCUCAUCGGAGUGCUCUUAACCAUAGGUGUACAGAUAAUUCAAUAUCACAGAAUUGAUAUUGCAUGGCCACUUCUAAUCGGUGUUAAAGAAUUGGCUGCCUAUGUCAUUCUAGGCGGAACGAUAAGUGGCGCUUGCGUGAGCUUCAACGGGUGGGCGAUGAAGAAACGAGGGCCAGUUUUGGUGUCAAUGUUUAGUCCGAUAGGAACAGUUUGUUCACUCGUUCUCUCAGUUAUCACCUUAGGAGAAUCCAUCAACAUUGGAAGCCUUGCUGGUAUGUUCAUGAUGUUCACCGGCCUCUACUUCGUCCUAUGGGCGAAAGGGAAGGAACGUUAUGUGAACCGAAACCAUCUCGAGAGUGAGUUCGACGUUGACAAGCCUCUUUUAAGUUGAAUUAUUUCAUUUUGAAAUACAUAGGUUCUGUUUUGUCACAUUAGGCAUUAGAAACACAAACACUUAGAAGGACUAUUUUUCUAUAGUGGGGUUGGGAUUGGGAUUGUUAUUUAGAACAGUUCCAACAUUUUGAACAUUUAACUUUUGCAGAAAGUUGAGGAGCUUCAGUCUUUGGAAUGUUUGUUUUGUUUGGGAAAAUUCUGUCUCCUCUAUGCUUGAGUUUUGUAAAGACAGAAGAUUCACUUCAGCAACUCAACACAUCAUAUUCAUAUCUCUCUCUCUCUUUUCUCUUUUGUAGAUUAUAUCAGUUUGGAUUUUGUUUAUGUGCUUAAGUUUGUGAUGGAACAGAGAAAUAGAAUCAUAGAUUUUUUUAUAAUCAUUUUUAUCAGUCAAA